UCCCAAACACCCCCAAUACUCUCUCUCUCUCUCUGAGCCAAAAACCCUAGCUGAACCCUCGAAACCCCCAAAUUCGAAACCCUAGGAAAUUUCAACCAAUGUCGUCGGCGUUGAUUCUCAGAUCCCGCCUGGCCUCCUCGUUGUCGAAACGGUACAUUCGCUUUCUCAGCUCCGACGUCGUUUCGGGGGCUCCCAAGGAGCCGUUGGCGCCUUCUUCUGCUUCCGUUGCUUCUGCUACUUCUACGGCUUCUUCUAGUGCUGGGAAUGGUGGUGAAGGUGCGGAUGCUGGUGCUGUUGCUGAUCAAGCUCCUGUAGAGUCUUCGAGCAACAGUAAAGGUUGGAGGUUUCUCAAGUACGGUCUCAUCGGAGCUCUCACCGGCGGCACCGCCACCGCCGGCUACGCCUCCUACGCAUACACUACGGAUGAAAUAGAUGAGAAGACAAAGGCAUUACGGGCAUCAGCAAAUUUGUCCGUCGCAGAGGAUGCGCCUGCUGUUGAAAAAUUUCAAAAUUUGCUGUACUCUGCUGCAAUGACAGUGCCUGCUAAAGCAACUGAACUUUACCUGGACCUGAGGAGGCUAGUUGAAGAGCAAGUUCAGGGUUUUUCGGAACCAUAUGCAGAAAAGCUUCUUCCUGAUUUGCAUCCCGCAGAGCAACAUGUUUUUACUCUUGUUCUAGAUCUACAAGAGACCCUAAUUCAUUAUGAUUGGACGCGAGAGAAAGGCUGGCAAACUUUCAAAAGACCAGGAGUUGAUGCUUUCUUGGAACAUCUGGCUCAGUUCUAUGAAAUUGUUGUGUAUUCUGAUGAGCAGAGUAUGUUUGUAGACCCUGUUGUUGAAAGGCUGGAUCCCAAGCAUUGCAUACGAUAUAGGCUAUCUAAGGCUGCUACUAAGUACCAGAAUGGGAAGCAUUACAGAGAUCUUUCAAAACUUAACAGAAAUCCUGCGAAGAUUCUGUAUUUGAGUGGCCAUGCACUGGAAGGUUGCCUUCAACAUGAGAACUGUGUUCCUAUUAAGCCAUGGAAGAAGAAUGAUGCAGAUGAUACAGCUCUUUUGGACUUUAUACCAUUUCUUGAAUUUGUUGCCCGUACCAGUCCAUCUGAUAUCAGACAAGUACUGGCAUCAUAUCAAGGGUGUGAAAUCCCAUCAGAAUUCAUUAGGCGUUCUAAAGACUAUCAGAGGCGAAUGCAAGAACAGAAACAGCAGGGUCGUUUCUGGAAACGUUGAGGCCAGGAUAAUGUAAAAACAGGUGAAGGAGAAACUGUAGGACUGGAUUCCAGUUUUGGGUAAGAAGAAAAGUAUAAGGCACUGUUAUUGAAGGUAUCAAGCAAAUUUUCUUGCAAACCAAAGCCAUUUCAGCCAAUGAUUUUGAACUGCAUCAUAUAAAUUCUGACUAGAGACUACGUAUUUUUGUUUCACAGUAGUUGACCUCACAUUUUUUACAUCUAUAUUUCUGUUCCUUGUGGGGAAACAGAAUUUUGGCUUACAGCAAUUGAAGUUUCUACUUGUUCACAAGGUUAACCUGCAGAAGAAGAGGGUUGUAAUUUAGUUGCUUGAAAAACGUGGUUUCUAUUUACGAUGCCUGCCAGCAACAAGAAUACCCCGAACAUUUUUUUUACAGAAAUCAACAUUGUUUGAUGAAUUUUACCUAUUUGGUAUGCAUAUUAUUUUUGUUUGACUGGAACCAAGGGAUGAUCAUGGUGAGCACCACUUCUAUAGGUCAUAUGAAAGAUGAGUGCCAACUAUAUAUUGAUUUAAUGUAAUUAUUUACUGGAUUGGAGCCAA